AUGUAUGUUGGUGGAGGCGACCACGGAGUUAUAAUCACCCUCUCUCGUGGCGGUGGUGCGAACCACCAGAUCACGGGUGUCGCUGGUGAGAAGAUCACCACCGGUGCCCGUGGGGGCAACAACGGAAUUAUCGGUACCGGUGGUGGUGAAAAUGGAUUUACCAGUGGUGUCGACGACGGGAUCGCCACCGGUGCUGGUGGGGAAACUAAUGGAAUCACCGGUGGUGGGGAAGUUAGUACCACCGGGGCUUGUGGUGGUGGAGACGGGAUUACAGGUGCCGGGAUGACCGGUGCUGGUGGUGGUGUAUCCAGUACCGAUGGAGGCAAUGACGGCGUCUCCUUUUUAGGUGGAGGCGACGUUGUUACCGGCGUAGACUUUAUCCAAUCCUUUCCAUUGAUAAAGUCUGUUGUCAAAAAAUUUGCAAUUUGUUUCUCACUGAAGUUUCGCGCCCAUUUAACCCUGUUGGAUGUUGUUGCUCCUAGUCCGUCGCAUUUGAAUUGUCCACAAAAUGAGUUUGUCAUUAAUUCUUGUUCUGUGGAUCCAUCAGAAUCACGGGACCAACCUAGUGGUUCUAUCACAUCUUGCAUGUUAGAGUAG